GCUGGUCCGCGGGCCUGGAGAACUAGGGCUCCCGUCCUGGGGUUGGGCCGCGGCGGAGAAGGAAUCGUCCCUGGAGAAGAUGGAAGGAGAGAAGCGGCCGGAGCCCUACUCGGGCCUGUUUGCGGACGGGCACCUGGUCCUGUGGACGCUGUGCUCGGUGCUGCUGCCCGUGUUCAUCACCUUCUGGUGCAGCCUUCAGCGGUCGCGCCGGCAGCUGCACCGCAGGGACAUCUUCCGCAAGAGCAAGCACGGGUGGCACGACACGGACCUGUUCAGCCACCCCACCUACUGCUGCGUGUGCGCGCAGCACAUCCUGCAGGGCGCCUUCUGCGACUGCUGCGGGCUGCGCGUGGACGAGGGCUGCCUCAAGAAGGCCGACAAGCGCUUCCAGUGCAAGGAGAUCGUGCUCAAGCAGGACGGCAAGGCCCCGGACGCCAUGCCCCACCACUGGAUACGGGGCAACGUCCCCCUGUGCAGCUGCUGUGUGGUUUGCACGCAGCAGUGCGGCAGUCAGCCCAAGCUCUGCGAUUACAGGUGCAUUUGGUGUCAGAAAACUGUCCAUGACGAAUGCAUGAGAAGUAGCCUAAAGAACGAAAAGUGUGAUUUUGGAGAAUUCAGAAACCUCAUCAUUCCACCCAGUUACUUAGCCUCUAUUAAUCAGAUGCGUAAAGACAAAAAAACAGAUUAUGCAAUGCUAGCCUCUAAGCUUGGGAAGCAAUGGACUCCAUUAAUAAUCCUGGCCAACUCUCGUAGUGGAACUAACAUGGGAGAUGGACUGUUGGGAGAAUUCAGGAUUCUUCUAAACCCAGUCCAGGUUUUUGAUGUAACUAAAACUCCCCCUAUCAAAGCCCUGCAACUUUGUACUCUUCUUCCUUAUCACUCAGCUCGAGUACUUGUUUGUGGAGGGGAUGGGACUGUGGGCUGGGUCCUGGAUGCAGUUGAUGAAAUGAAGAUUAAGGGGCAAGAAAAAUACAUUCCGCAAGUUGCAGUAUUGCCUCUGGGAACAGGCAACGAUCUGUCCAAUACUUUGGGCUGGGGCACAAGUUACACGGGUGAAAUCCCAGUUGCCCAGGUCUUAAGAAAUGUGAUGGAAGCAGAUGGAAUUAAACUGGACAGAUGGAAAGUUCAAGUAACAAAUAAAGGAUACUACAACUUGAGAAAACCCAAGGAAUUCACAAUGAACAACUACUUUUCUAUUGGACCUGACGCUCUCAUGGCUCUCAAUUUUCACGCUCAUCGCGAGAAGGCACCAUCUCUGUUUUCUAGCAGAAUUCUUAAUAAGGCUGUUUACUUAUUCUAUGGAACCAAAGAUUGUUUAGUGCAAGAAUGUAAAGAUCUGAAUAAAAAAGUUGAGCUAGAACUGGAUGGUGAGCGAGUAGAACUGCCUAAUUUGGAAGGUAUUAUUGUUCUGAACAUUGGAUACUGGGGCGGUGGCUGCAGACUAUGGGAAGGAAUGGGAGAUGAGACUUACCCCCUAGCCAGGCAUGACGAUGGUUUACUGGAAGUCGUUGGAGUAUAUGGGUCUUUCCACUGUGCUCAGAUUCAAGUGAAAUUGGCAAACCCUUUUCGAAUAGGACAGGCACACACAGUGCGGCUGAUUUUGAAGUGCUCGAUGAUGCCAAUGCAGGUGGAUGGGGAGCCGUGGGCCCAAGGGCCCUGCACUGUUACCAUCACUCACAAGACACAUGCACUGAUGCUGUAUUUCUCCGGAGAACAAACGGAUGAUGACAUCACUAGUAACUCAGAUCAAGAGGAUAUCAAGGAUACUGAGUAGCUGGAUGAGGAAAUGAAAACUUACCAUAGAAUGCUCACAAACAAGAGCACUUUCAGACCCCCAAAUGUUUGGUUAGCCCCGUAAUGACCAUGUUGAGCUGCUGAAAUUCAGCAUCUUGUUAGAACCCAAGGCAGCCAAGAGGACCACACAGGCGAAUUGGUGAAAAUUAACAUCAGAAUACGUGCUUUGGAUUGAAAGUUAUGGGUUCCAAGCUGGACAGUUCACCCACUCACUUCGCUUUUGAUUGAAAGACAAUGUAAUCCAAGAAAAAUGUAGAAAAUUUACUAGUCAUGUUAAUUUCUCAAAAACAGUUUAAUAAUGAGUAAUAAGUGGUCUUCUUACAGUAGUCUUUUGUAGCCAAAGUACUUAACAGAAUUUCCCCUUGGGGCAAUGACAGAAUCCUCUGCUAAAAAUGUUUCUAUUGUAUUUAUUUUUAAGAGAGAGAUGUAUUUUUUUUACUUAUUUAUUUUCUUUAUUGUGGUAACCUGUGUUUAGUGUUUAUAGUAUAUAGCUUUAUUUAAUAAGUUUAUUGAUCACAUAAAUUCUAGUCACAAUCAGAAAUGUAGCCUAUUGACUAAGUAACUAAAACCCAUAAUUUAAUUCUCCUGACAGAUAUUCUCAUUCUUCAGAAAUACUCUACAGUUUAAAAGGGGGUGGGGAAAGCGCUGACAAACGACUCUUCCAUAACUGAAUGUUUUGUUUCACUGUUUUAUUUGAUCCUCAAUUGCCAAAACCUUACUGAAGGGCUAGUCCCAUGGUUACCCAUUAGGGGGUGCUCUUCUGUUGCUAACCAACCUGCUCCCUCCUUCCGGGGUUCAGCAGUCCCACUGGGCCUCCAGCCUGGUGUUCUCUAACAAAUGGCCUAUCUUACUGGUCUUUCAGAACAUUAAUCUCUGAAAGAUUAAAAUGUGUCCCCCAAACAACAUUAGCUCUCCUUAAGGAUCUAUUAUGAAUCUGUCACCCAUGAAUUACUGUGAACUUAAAUUUCAGUCACCUAAGGUGAGGCCCAGGAACAACCUAGUGCUGAAACAGUAGUUAGUACAUUAUGUAAAAUACUUCAUUCUGCUUACAUUAACCCAAAUCUCAUCAGGAAAUGCUAAAAGUCUAGGACUGAGAUUUCUGUGAGCAGAUCUGGUCUCACCUUAUUCAUACAUCAUGUUUGAGUAUAAUGAGUUUUAUUCUUUAAUUCAUGGUCAGAAUUGUUACACAUAUCACCUUUUACAAAUAUGGGUGAGCAGAAGUAAAGUAAGCUUAUAGUUGUGAGUUGGUAAAACUUUGUUCUUGUAUUAUUAUUUAUUAAUUAUUGUAUUAUUUUCCAUAUAAACUAAUGUAAACGUACUUUUGUCCACCCCUGUAUGCUAUUAAAUUCACUUUAAAAUACACAAAUAGGCAUGUGUCUUGUUUUAAAUAAUCUACUAUUUACAAGACUCAUGUUUGCAAGUUAUAUAUUAGGGUAGCGAUUGUUUGCAUUACCGGGGAUUCUACACAUUGCAAAAGAUAAUCUGCCCCAAGAUUUUCCUGUUCCAUUUGAAAUUGUCUUGAUUUUUUUUUAAUAGCUUCUAUAUUCUCAGGAAGAAAUUUAUGAAGUAAAGCAUAUCUCCAUGUCUGUCUUGACUUCUCUCAUCUUUUAUUAUCCUCACACAUUCCUAACUCCUGGUAAACUUAGUGGCUUAAAUACUGAAUACCUGGCAGCUCUUAUGGAUCCCUUAUAUAAGUAAAUGGUGAUCAUUUCCAUGCUUGGUUACGUUUAAUAGAAACCGGACUGACUUGUGUUUUAAAAUAAAGGUUGUCGAAUGGGAAGAGUACAUGACUUUAAGUGCGUUUUAAGUUUUCUGCAACUAUUAGCUGUGAACCUUAAUGUCACUAAUGUUUAUAAAAAGUUUAUAGUCAAAAGUAUUUAUUUUUAUUUUUUAAGGUGUGUCAAAAACAUGUAUAGUAUUUGCUUUUGAAAUGUGUUUGCCUACUUAGAGUUGUAAAAUAUACUGUGACUCAGAAAUUGUAAAGUCCUUUUUGCACUGUAAAAAUUAAUACUACCAGCAUGUCAAAGCAAAGAUAGUUUGCAUUUGUAAUAUAAAGUAAAAUUGUAUUUAACGUACAUUAUGGAAUUUUAAAUUGGCACCAACUAAACUUUGAAGGUUAUAUUAAUUUACAGAUUCCUGUGGAUCCGAACACAUAAUCUGCAUUGUUCAGCUGAAAAGCUCAAUAGAAUGGGUGAGAGUUUUGGGUGGUUUUCCCUUGAAAUUAUAAUAUUGAAGCAAGAACCAGCACUUUAUAUUCAGGUUUUGUUUUGUUUUAAUUCUGCCUAAUGUGGACAGUGAGAUGUAGGUAGAUUUCUUUUAAAAAUUUAGAAAUUUGAAAAGAAAGCAUAGUAGUUAGGUUGCUUUUCUUGUUCCUCUAGCAUUGUCCAGGCAAGCUGGCAUCCAGGUCAGAUGAGGAGAUUGGGAGAAAAUUCCUGGAGUAAGAAAAGGCCUUUGUGCCGUGGGUGACAAUGACUCAUAGGACAUUUGCUCUCAUUUCUCCAGCUCUGGGCUCUUUCUCUUUCCUUUGAUCUCCUGCAGGCAAAUGGGCACUCAUGUGUAGUUCUGUUUCCUGCACAGUUAGAGCAGCCUGGGCCCCUGGCCUGAUCACUCCUGCAGGAGAACUGACUGAAUCAGAUCUCUGAGCAUCAGUACUGAGGACGCUUGUGCGGCUCCAAGUCAGCAGCCAGCUGGCCUCCUGCACUUUCUCCCCUCUGGCCACAUGCUGUGUACCUACCACUUAAUUCCCUGUGCUAAUUGCUUUUGUUGUGAUUGGGUCUGUAUUGUGGUCAUUGCCUACAGACAGAAAUGUGAAUUAAAGCAUUUGAAAUGUUGAAGAUGUUUGUUUUUUAAUAAAAUUAAAAGUGAACACUUAAAAAGUAUGAUUCUGCCCUGGCCUGUGUGGUUCAGCUGGGUGAGCGUUGUCCCAUGCACCAAGAAGUUGCCAGUUCGAUGCCCGUGUUGCCAGUAGGGGGCAUGCAGAAGGCAACCCAUCGAUGUUUCUCUCCCU